UCAGGAUCCCGGCGGGUUCCCCCUCUCCAGAGGCCCUGGAACUCCCUCCCUGUGCAGGGCCAGAGAUGGAAGAUAAGCUCUGCCUGUAGACAAAUAGCCCUGUGCAAGAUGUGAGGAUUUUAUGCAGCAGCCAGACAUGUCUGAAAGGGACUGGGAGUGCAUAUUCCUGUCUCAGCAGAGGAGGUAGUAUCUAGCUGAGAGGAAGCCCAGACCCAGAAAAGCAGGGCUCUCCUGGGUAGAAGGAGAAGCAAGAUAGAAGCAAACACAUCAUGCUGUUGAACAAGAUCAGCUCUCCAUUUUCUCCAAGACUCAGCUCCUCAGGUCUGACUACAAGCAAUCAGAAGUUCUUCAAGUCCUAUUCCUCCUGCUGCUCCAUCCUGAGGGAUGCACACAAUUCUCCUCUGGUUUUACCCCAAAACAGAGGAACCCUCGGGCAGAACUGGGACCCCAGGCUACCUUUCCCACUUCCUUCUGACUCCUUCAAGUACCUUGGCUGGUGUGACAUAGAGGAACACGGCGUUCGAGGAAAUCAGCUCCUCUGUCCCCGAGUGAGGGAAGGGCCCUCAGAAGAAGAGCUGUUUUUCAGAAAAGAAGAACAUACUCUGAAAAGAAGAAAACAAGUAACUGACCCAGAGAAAUGGGAAAAGAGGCUGCAAGAGAACUGGGAAAACUGUGCUGAGUUGAACCUUUCCUUCCAGGACCUGGGAGAUCUUUACCAGGUGGAAAACUUCAAAAGGAUUCUCCGAAGGUUAAUUCGGGUGGAAAAGCUUUGGUUGGUGGACAAUUCUUUGACAGACCUAAGUGCCAUAAGGUUGCCAAGAUGCAGAGAGCUAAAUGUAAAUAAAAACCACUUUACAUCCUUCAAACAGCUGCCAAAGAUCCCUCAGAUUCAGCACUUAUCUCUCGCUGAAAAUAACAUCACGACCCUAAGUGGGAUUUCAGACUUCAGACACACUCCACUUGAAUCCCUGGUCCUCAAGAGGAAUCCCUGUGAGUUCCAGGAAAGAUACAGACAGCUUGUGUUCUCCAAUUUGCCAAACUUGAAAAUACUGGAUGGCAUCCCAAAACUGCCAGAGGACUGCUCACCCCCUGAUGUCAGUUUUUUUUUCAGGAUGUGCACUAUACUCUAGCACAGUAUUUUUGUAGGAUCACAACCACCUUGCUUAAAAGAGACUAUAAAUCCUGCUUAUGGAAGUUCUAUUUUUUUUUCUUCUUUUUUUUUUUUUUUUUUACUGGUCAAAGAGAUA